UUACGGGGCAGACGAGCCAAGGCGUCGCAGAUUUGUUAACGCUCCACAAGGCACAGCGCUGCGAGAGGACGGCAUUUGCUGAUUACUUUGAGGGCUUGUGGAAAAAAACGCGCAAAAUUGGCAGCUUUUUUACUCAGCAUCACUGUACUUUUAUUCCUUUGGCUGGGACCGCAACUUUAUCAUAAUUAAUUCCGGGGUAGGCGGCAGAGGAGUGUCGCUCAUUGUCCCGGGACCACUGGAGUGAGGACAUUUUUUUCGCGUCAGUGACCGGGACAAGCAGAGAGCUGACCAGCGGCGCCGUUGGAAGUUCACCCUCGCCGUGAGGAGGGUUCCGCGCACUGAUGGACUCGACGUGGUGAAAUUUGGAAUAGCUUAUUUCCCCAUCACUUGUCGCCGGUAUCACAGACCAUCAUGUUGCCCUGUGUCAUUUUGGUCACCGUGUUUUUAAAGGCGAUCCGAUGCCAAGAUUCUCAUCCCUUACACCCGUCGACCUCAAUUAGCGAGUCUUGUGACUCCUUGUGCUCCUGCGAGGCAAAGGACGGCAUCCUCUACAUUAACUGCGAGCAGAGAAACCUCAGCAGCAUCUCCCAAAUUAAAAUUCCGUCAGAUGUGCCCUUCCACCUGAACCUUUAUAAAAAUGACUUGGUUGAGCUUCGCACUGAGGAAAUGGAAGGGCUCAAAAAUGCCCUUUCGCUGCACAUCGGAGGUAAUAGCAUACAAGAAUUAGAACCAGGGGUUUUUAGUUCUCUUGGUUCUCUGAAAAAACUCCACAUCAAUAGAAAUUUCCUGGUCACACUCAAAGAGGACACUUUUCAAGGCCUGGUGAAUUUGGAGUUUCUCCAAGCGGACACAAAUUUCAUUCGGGUCAUUGAGCCUGGGGCCUUCAACAAACUGAUCCGCCUCAAGGUCCUAAUCCUCAAUGAUAAUUCCAUGGAGUUUUUACCAAACAACAUUUUCCGUUUUGUGCCUCUCACCCACCUGGACCUACGUGGCAAUAAGCUCCAGACUCUGCCUUAUGUUGGGUUUUUAGAGCACAUUGGUCGGAUUAUGGAGCUACUCUUGGAGGACAAUGACUGGGUGUGUGACUGUGACAUUUUGCAUUUAAAAAUCUGGAUGGAGAACAUGAGGGGCCAGUCUGCAAUCGGGGAGGUGGUCUGCAGCUCACCACACAACCUCAAGGGCACCAUCUUAGCUAAAGUCAAGCGGGAAAUUCUCUGUCCAUCCCACGCAGAUAUCAAUUUAGAGGAACCCUCUAAGUCAUUGGAUAUGGUUGUUACGCCCUCAUCCAAGGGGGCGCAGAUUCCCAAGUUGACUGAUGCCAAAGACGACGCCAAGGAACCAACACCGUCUCACGUUCCGGGUAGUCCUUGUGUAGAGCAUUGUUCUUGUCACAAUCACCCUGUGACGGGGUUUGUGAUGCAUUGUCAAGACAGAGGAAUUCAAAAGGUUUCGGAUAUCGGAAUACUUCAGCAAAGCCCCACUAAAAUGGUCAUGACAGGAAAUAUGAUUCAGAAACUGUACAGGUAUGAUUUUGUUACAUAUGAUGGGCUGGAAUUGCUCAAUUUGGCAAACAAUAGGAUUGAUUAUAUCGACAAUGAGACUUUCCUCAGCUUAAGCAGUUUGAAGAAACUGCAUUUGAACGGUAACCGAAUUGAAAAACUUUACUCCACAAUGUUUGUGGGGCUCCACAACCUCGAAUACUUGUAUCUGGAAUAUAACCUUAUCAAGGACAUCGCUCCAGGCACAUUUAAUCCCCUGCCAAACCUUAAUCUGUUAUCAUUAAACAACAACCUGCUCAGCUCUCUUCCUGCACAGAUAUUUCGCAAUGCACCCCUCACCAAAUUAAAUCUGAGGAAAAAUCUGUUUAUGCACCUGCCAGUGAGCAACGUGCUUGAUCAACUCGACUCAUUAGAGCAGAUUUAUUUUGAGGACAACCCGUGGGACUGCAGCUGUGACUUGUUCAGCCUCAAACAGUGGGUGGAAAAACUGAGAAAAGACACAGUAGUGGGCUCCAUUUUGUGCCACACCCCAAAGAAAGUGAUGCAGGCUGAUCUGAGGAGCUUACGUCACGAAGUGCUCUGCACCGGUUUGGGAACCCACUCUUUGGCUCCAGAUGGAGAGGAGAGCGUGACUGCUACACUGGGCCCCGACGGCUCUGGCAGAGGCUUGCUCAGCUCCCUCACAGAAACCGUCCCACUCUCUGUGCUCAUCCUUAGUCUUCUUGUUUUAGUCUUAAUGAUAAUAUUCUGCUCAGCUGGGCUGGUUGUUUUUGUUGUGCAUCGGCGGCGCCGCAGAGCAAAAAGAAAAACAGCAGGAGAGCAUCCAAGAGAAAACAGCAGCAACAGCCCCAUACACUUACAUUAUAGCAUGUAUGGGCAGAAAACAACGCACCACACUCUCACACAAAGACCUGGAUCUGCCACCUUGUAUGAGGAGAGAUCGCACAGCCCCAUUGUGCAGAUCUGUCGGAACCCAACGUACUGCUCUCAGCAAAAGGAGCAUGACGCAGAUCUGGAUUAUAGCCUAGACCACCCGAGCUCCAAGAAUCAUGUUUGUCGAAGCAUCAUGGAGAAGGAGAACACGUCUCCUCUUACAGGCAAUCUGGGCUCAAAGUUCAAACCCAUGCCAGGGGAGUGCCCGGCUGAGUUUCUUACGCUUGGGGACCCUAACUCCUUGUAUAGGAAUAUUUUGGAGCGGGAGAAAGAGCUGCAGCAGCUUGGAAUUACAGAGUACCUGAGGAAAAACAUGGCCCAGCUUCAGCCUGCUGUAGAAAUGCAAGUCCCACGGCACCAGGAGGAGUUAAAGCUAAUGGAGACAAUUAUGUACUCCCGGCCGCGCAAGGUCAUGCUUGAGCAAACUAAGAAUGAGUACUUUGAACUCAAGGCCAAUUUACAUACUGAGCCAGACUACUUGGAGAUUGUAGAGCAUCAAGCUGCGUAUAACUGAGCUUCGGCAGAACGAGAAAUCACAUGUGACGUUUUGAAGCAAGUGCCUUGGCCCUCUUUGCCCUCUUGUAUUUUCCACAGUGUGAAAUAGCUGUAACGGGCACAUCACUUUAAGUCUAAUCGUAGCACAGAAUGUAACUGCGCAGUUUGUCAUCUGACAGCCACGUUAUGUAGCCACUGGAAGGUGUGAUUUUUGGCCAAACGUAACACAGAGAGGCUAUUUUUUUAACCCAUGCAGUAUCCAUGGCUGCCAAAUGAAUUGAUUAAUAAAGACUCCGCCCUCUGCCAGCCCCCACCCAUCCUGUCAGGAUAAAGCAGAUGUUUGAAAAACAGUGAAUCUGAAUCACCACUUGACCUAGAAUUGCUGUUUAAUCAGUCUAUACUCACUCCGGGUUUGACCUGAUUACACCCUCUGUCAGCAUAAGCCAGCUGGAUUGCUGGAACCGGAAUGCUCAUUGUGCCAUGGGCCAUGCGGUGUAUGUUGGGUGGGGGGGCUUACGGGUCAGCAAAAUAUCAACUGUACAUCAGAAAAACAGAAGCAUGGGGUUUUGUGCUUUUUCUUGUCAGAUCUUCAAAAUGCAAUCACAGAACAUUUAUUUAUUUUUAUACAAAUGUAUAAUAUGUCAAAGAGAGGAGGAUUUCUUUGUCUUAAGGAACGAAUAUAGCACUUAGAAGUACGGUACAUAACCAUUGUCUUGUCGAAUGCAUUGCACUAACAGAUGCCACAAUAUGGUGCAUGACAAUCAACUUGACCCUGCUCAAACUCAUCCUCUCAUCCCCAAACCCUGAAAAGAGCCCCCAAUUAUGUAUGAUCUGAACGUAUGUUGGCAAGCGGACUGUGCUUGGUUUGUUACCUGAUAAUGCUUUUCCCAUUUGUCAGUGACUGACUAUCCCAGCUUGGACAUUGUUCAGGAUUUAUACCCCAAACGCGCUCUGUGCCCCUUAUAAACAUUAACACAGUCCAAGUAAGCACACACUCUGUAGCUUUUCUACCUAAUUAGAUUGGAUUAUUUAUUCUGUACAUCUUGUAAAUAGUCAUGUUGCAUUCUAUCUUUUGGUUUUGUGUGCCUUCAGUGCUGUACAAAACAUAAUCAGAAGUUGUAACUGAUGAGCAGAAAAUAAAGAAUACGACAAACAUGGACAUGCAUAUUUGUAUAUACAAUAACUCCCUAUUUUAAAAUAUUAACUCUUAUUUGUGCAAGAAACUGAGAUGAGAGGAAAGCGUUUAGGAAGAGGUUUUAUUUAAACUUCAAAUCGUGCCAACUGAUUCUAUGAUUAUCUUUUGUGGAUGGAAGACAUUACUUCAGGUUUUCAGGCUUUUCUUCAGGUUUUUCGAAAGUCCUUGGUUUGGUACGGUAGACUUGCUCCUUUAACCAACCACAAAGAAAUAACGACAUUAAGUCAGAACUCCUGGCUAGGCACGCAUACGGGCCGUGAGUGGGAAGUGAGCGUUCAAUCCUUCAUGAAUGACAAAAGUAAAACGAUGAGGGGCGGCACGCUGCACGAAAAUAAAAUGUUCAAUAUUCUCUCAAGCAUUGAUGACUGGCCAUUAAGGAUUUCUGUUAUUGCAGUAGUGCCACUGUUGAUUCAGCUCUGGGAAUUUGGACUACAUAUAACCUAGAUCAGCCACGUCCACAUGUUGUCAGCCUGCGAGCUAUUUUGAAAGUCCCAAAGAUCUACCUCCUACUGUAAGCUUAGAGAAUAUAUAUAUUUAGAAUAUUUAUAAUUAUGAGUACUGCAAAUUUCAGUGCAUAAGCCGCACCCACUAAAUUUAGAGAAAAAACGAUUUGUUCAUAUAUAAGCCGCACCAGUCUAUCAGCCGCACGUGUCCACGUCAUAAAAUGACUUAUUAUGGCAUACAUGAGUCCAUAAGGACCAGGCAGCUCUUUAUUUGACAGGCACCAAUCAUGAGUUAUGAAAAAGAUAUGAAAUGAGCUAUGAAAAAUCUUACGAUGAGCUCAAUAUAGCAGUCUGACUCAUGGUUUCAUUUUAAAAAUAUAAAAUUCAUCACACAGCAACUUAACACUCAAAAGGUACAUAGGAAAUAUACAUUCCACGUACUAAUACGAGUUUAAAAUAACAAACAGCAGCUAUUUUAACGUCUACCCAUCAUGCAAUACUGCCAGAACAGCAGUCAUUGAACGACAAGCAACAUAUAUAGAUGGCGCAGGAAUGCUUCCUCUGUCCACCAGAGGGAGCCAGAGGAGGCCAGGGCCCAGAGGGAGGCUGACAUCAUUAUAGCGCCCCAAUGAAUGCAUUGCUCAGACACAAGGCCUGAUUGGAAAACUUUUACAGUGUUUUUUUCAUUUAAACUUGGUAUUGGUACAUGUAUAUUUCGGAGGAGUACUUUGUAGCGUUAAGUUGCAAUGUGAUGAAUUUAGUGUUGCUCUUAGUAUGAUGACACCGUGAGUUGGACUGUUAUAUUGUUGUUAUACUGUUAUAUAAAAUGACCUCCUGCCAAUGGGUCGACAAGCUCAUUGUGAGUGCACCGAUAGCUUGUGAUUGGCUCCUUCCAAAUAAAGAGCUACCGUUUCCUCACUGACUCGCAAGCAGCACAGUAUUUAAACAAUUAGUAGUAGUUUUGAAGUAAAGGAGAUGUCACAAGAUUAGAAUUUAGCCAUAGAUUAGCCGCACCGCUGUAUAAGCCGCGGGGUUGAAAGUUUAAGACAAAAGUAGCGGCUUAAGCACGGGAAUUUACGGUAUUACUGUGCAUGAAUGUACAUUGUACAUGUAUAUCAGGGGUGCACACACUUUUUCAGCAUGCCAGUUACAAGUCAAAAUGAUCUCUUACUAUAAAACAGGAAAACAUUUGACAUAUAUCAAAUCUAACAGGUAAACUUUGAAACUACUAUGACAAAUACUAAUUAUUAGUAUUUUACAUUCACAGUUUCAAAGUUUACAGGUCAUCCAAAUAGUUGAAAUCAUUCAAAAAUUCACAAUUCAAUGCAAUAUGGAAAUUAAGAUAAUUCCUCAAUAGUACAUAACCUCAGUAGUAUGUCAGUCAAAAUAGCUAUGUAGCAUUCAGUAUACACUCAGUUCAUUCAUUACAUCCAGUUGGCAUUUGUCAUCAAACAUAUACAAGAAUGAAAAAUGAUUAUGCAAAAGACAAUGCAGCCGAAGUCAAGGCAACAUAUUGAAAAGGUUUCAGCAAUGGGGACAUUGGACACAAUGGUGGGCAAGACAUGCAUUCAUGGUGAGUUUAAGUUUACAAAAUGGACAUCCAAGUCGUAGGUUUUUGGAUUAUUUCGUUAAUCUGUUUCUGACAAACCAGGCACAAACUUCUGCAAACACUAAUUUGGUCAUCCCCCCCGCCAUUGUACCCCUGUUUUCCGCGCGAUGGCUCAAAUCUAGUCCUUAAUCGCACAACAAUGGCUGUGGGGGGGCUGGAGUUAGCCAACACAUUUUCUAUAACAAUUGAUUCGGCAGAAACUCUUUGUGAGAGCAGCACAUGUAUCCUCACAGCGAGAGAUGUGAAACCACACACAUACGUACUGUAUUUACAGCACCGGCAUGCAAACCACACGGCUGGGGAUUGACGUUUAUGGCCUCGUGUGCUUCACACAGAGGCAUGAAGGAUGCACUGCAGCUCUGCAAAAGGUCAGCAAUUAGAAUAGUAUGCGCUAUGUAAAAAUGGUGAACAAAGCACUGUUUUCCAUUUUAGGGGGACUAAAUGAUUUAUUGGGCAAAAUUAAAGGAAAAGGUCCAAUGUGGAGCACUUGUAAUAAACCCACUAGGGAAUUGCUUAAGUAAGUAAGCCUCCAAAAGAUCUUGGUUUUGCCAGGUAGAUGCCAUCUUAAAACUUUAUGGAGGGAAGGAAAGACCUUUCUGUUCUUUAUCUUUGAUCAACUGCAAAGGAAUGCACGUGACCUUUUAACUCUUGAAAUAAAAGUACGUUUAUUAAAGGGAAUCUUGUUUGAAACAGCAUAAUUGUUCUUUUUUGUUUGCUGAUUGAUCAAGUGGCCAUUAAUUUGGGCUUAAUCAAUUAAUUGAUUGAUGAGCUCUGGUAAUUUGGACUACAUAUAACUUAGAUUAUAAUGUGUGUGUGUGAAACAACGGCGCGGGCUCAGUAAAUCACGGCCUGAGCGCUGGCAUGGAUCAAAAAGUUGAAGGCUGUUUUUUUACUUCCAUUUGGGCCAAGGCUCUGAUGGAGGCAACGUGUCAAGGCAGCAGCUGCACAGAUUCUCUAGUUCAAACUCACUGCAAUUAAAUACAUUGUUUUUAUGUGGAAACUCUUCCUUUUGUUAUUCAACUUACUCAAGUGUGACUGAACCCAAGUUGGCGAAGUCUUCCAACAAGCGCACAUGAUCCAUUACAAACUAGCGGGGCAGAAUAAAACAUCGGCCACCCGCUGUAACCAUUCGCCUGUGGUUGCUUUCCAUCACAGACAACCCACAUCCUGUCCUGAAGUAGAAGUGUUUGGUUAGGAUUCGUGUUUAUUUGUUUUUUCCCCCAAAAUAUCUAGACAUGUUGAUAACAAUUUACAAAUAAUAAUACAAAUAAUGAAAUAAUACAAAUAAUGUAAAUAAGAAAUCCACAACUGCUAAAUUAGGUGAGUCGGAACUAGGGCUGCAACUAACGAUUAUGUUCUUGGCUGAUUAAUCUGAACCUUGUUGUUUCGAUUAAUCGAGUCAUCGGUUAGACCUUAGACAGACCAAAUCAAUAUGAACCAAGCACAAACAGUUAGUGGUUUGGUCCGCAACAUUUCAGAACCGAGGCAAAAUUGUCAACCACUUUUCUCCAAAGUGAAAGCUGAUGAAUGUGAAUAUCUUGAUUUGGCUAAAACACAAAGAUAAUAAGUCUACUUUCAUGGCUGACUAAGGAAAUUAAAAAAAUAUUCACAUUUGAGAGGAUGAAAUCAGAAGAUAUUUACAUUUAAAAAUGAAGAACAAUUAAUCUAAUAUAAAUAACAGUUGUCAAUUAAUCACUGAGUCAUUGUGGAGCUGCAACAAAUUAAUCAGACUCCACAGACUACAUCUCGUCAAGUAGUUUGGGAUGAUUUACUGGGGUAAAUACAGUGGUGUGAAAAAGUGUUUGCCCCCUUCCUGAUUUCUUAUUUUUUUUGCAGGUUUGUCACACUUAAAUGUUUCAGAUCAUCAAACAAAUUUACCUACUUGGCCCUGUGUGAACAAGUGCUUGUCCCCCUGUAAAAACAUAACUUAGAUUAAUUGAGAUCUAUCAGUCUGGAAAAGGUCAUAAAGCCAUUUCUAAAGUUUUGGGACUCCAGCAAACCACAGUAAGAGCCAUUAUCCACAAAUGGCGAAAACAUGGAACAGUGGUGAACCUUUCCAGUAGCGGCCGGCCAACCAAAACGACCCCAACAAGGCAGCGACCACCCCACAACAAUGUCCAAAGAACUGCAGGUCUCAGUUAAAGGAAAACUGCACAUUUUUUGGAAAUUUUGUCCAUCAUCCACAAUCCCUUUUCUGUGCGUUCUAACAAGAGAAUAUGAGUUAGUAUGAGUCAGCUAACGAUGCACGUCAUAGGAGGUACAUAUAUCGACUAUGAAGCCCUCUAAAAAAACCUCUAACAUUAUCAUUUUAUAUACUGUACAUGUAAUGAUCAUUAGCAAGUGUAUUGAUGAUAACAUGUAAUACUCGCAUUAUCUUGCCUUAUUUUGAUGAUUUAAAACAAAUAUCGAAACGUCUUUCCUAGGCACAUGGAUUUGACAUAGCCCAUAGGAGCUAACGCUACUUCCGUCAACAACAGCAUCAUAGAAACAGCGACGACACUUACAAUGUCCGCUCUCAUUGGGAUGGUGGUGUCUUCCAGCACAAGACUUGUGCUCCAGUCCUCAGGUAAAAAGUGCUAACAGCAAACGAGCAUCUAGCUAAAUUGAGAGCCAGUAGUAUCCACUCUUCUAUUUGUCCUGUUGCAGUGGCUUGAGGCGUUGUGAGUGACGCUGAACAAGCGAGGCGUUGUGUUACUCCGCCGGAUAAAUAUAGUUUUCUGUGUUAUAUGCUAUAAUAAAAAUAUGGUUGUAGCUUGGUUAGUACACAGGUCAGUUAUUUAAAUGGAACACUGUUGGUGUUUUUUGUUGAGGCUUUACCGUCAAAAUAGGUACCUCUCAUGACGUGCGUUGUUCGCUGGCUCAUACUAACUCGUUUUGUCUGGUUAGAACGCACAGAAAAGGGAAAGAAAUAUGUGUUCAUGUUUUACAUAAGGAUUGUGAAUGAUGGGCAAAAUUCUAAAAAAAAGUGCAGUUUUCCUUUAAGGUCAGUGUUCAUGACGCCACCAUAAGAAAGACACUGGGCAAAAACGAGAGUAUGGCAGAGUUCCAAGACCAAAACCACUGCUGAACAAAAAUAACAUUAAGGCUCGUCUCAAUUUUGCCAGAAAACAUCUUGAUGAUCUGAAACCUUUAAGUGUGACAAACAUGCAAAAAAAAUAAGAAAUUAGGAAAGGCGCAAACACUUUUUCACACCCCUGUAGUUAUUACCAUGAACCCUUAAAAUGGAAAUGCUCACAUUGAUUUAAAUGUAAAGCAAUGCUCAAUUAGUAUUACAAAGGAAUAAGUCACCCGUGUCCUUCAUUUUUGUACGUAGUUUGCCAUAUAGUUGUAUAUAGGCAUGUUGUAUAAACUUAUUGCAUACAGUAGUGUAAAUGUAGAUGAUAUUGUUUAUAUUGUUUGAUGUUUGUAAUUUAUUGCUAUUAUUUAUUCACUUACUUACAAGAUUUUUAUUUUCUGCUGAAGGUAUUUAUAUUGUACUUCAAAUUUCUUUGUAUUUAUUUAUAAUUUGUUGUUUUACUAAUCAAAAACAAUGCCAUUCAGUUUCUUUUGUAAGUGUAAGUAAAUCACAGAUGGAGGGGGGUGCCAUAUAAAAUCUGGCCUUGGGCACCACUUUGGGUAGGACUGGCUCUGUUUCGCUGCAUAUGUACAGGUCAUCGGGUCAGCACUGUAGUCGAAAACAUAAAUUGGCAAAACAGGCUUAAUGAACGUGACCCUAGAAGUGCAAUUGUUGUAAAUGUAAACAGACAAGUGCACCCACGCGAAUGUAAUAUAGGUACAGUGCACGUCCCACAAGAGAGCACUUUUGUGCCGUUUUAUUUGUUGGACACAGUGUGAGCGUGUUGAGCAUGAAAAGAGGUUGGAGGCGACACGACCCUUCAAGAAGCUGCUUCUGCUCGUGGCAAAUGCCUUCUUGUAAUUGUGCUGUCAAAAACGUUUCUAUUAAUAUUACAAGACAAUGACCCAUUUAAAACAGGCCCGGGAUGUCCCACUUGGACCGAUGGUCUUUUGUGGCUUGAGAUGCCACAAAGACGGAGCGCGGGAGCUGCCCGCCCGUCCGUCGGCGGGAUGAUAGUGCAAUUAAACUUUUCACCGUGUGCCAACAUCAGUGGGACAGCUGCGCUUGUUCAUUUAAUCCAAAGACGAGUCAAAGCCCGGCUUCUUCUGUCGGCCUCCCUUUGUCCUGUCAGUCCAAAAGUAGAUCUGAGUCACAUCAAUUUGAGUUCUACAGCUUAAGAAAGCUGUACGUCUCCCGCAUGAGCACUUUUACAUCUUUGCUUCUUAUUCUCCCUUGUAUUCCUUCGAAAAAUAAUGCAGUGAAGAUCACUGCAGAAGGUGACUUGAAUAAACUUAAAUAUACUUUGUUUUUUUGCAAAACUUUGAGAGCAAUCAUCUGUCAGUGACCAAAAGGAAUGUUAUAAAUUUAGUGGGAAGGCAACAAAAAAGGGAUGGCAUGAGAGAUUGUUUGGGAUGAAAAUACACCCAAUUGCGUUACACGUUUUGCCGUAUAUAUAUCGCUUCACCAAUGAUUAAAUAGAAUUUGGAUGUUUUCCCAAACACAGCUCAAGCACACUUAAAUCACAUGGUCAUAAACUACAUAGCAGAAAGCCCUUGUACUCUGUAUCCCAAAAUCAAGAGCAGCACUGACUUCUUAGAGCUCCAAAGGGCACAGUAAGUGUGUGUUGAAGUAAUGUGUCAGAUGUGACAUAUUCCUUAUGACAAUAGUUCUCAAGGGCCAUGGGUGACAGCACACUAAUCUUUUUUACUCAUGUCAUCUCACAAACUGCACAUUUAAGCCAUUUGGACACAGAGGAAGCACAUUGGCACAACAGUGGUGAUGGCCCCAUUGCAGUAUAUGCAAUAUGCAACGAUAGGAUCUCUACAGGAACAGAAAUUAAACAGUUGCUGGCAAACAGUCGCAUGCAUCAUUACCAACGAUUCCUUCUUCCGAUAGUCUUAAAGCGUAGCUCUAGAGGGCUUUCAAGCCGUGGUGCAAGUGGUUAAAUCAGACAGUUAGGAGGCAGUGUUCAAAGUACUUCCAUGAUGGUCCUUUUGCUGUAGGUGAAAAGCUGGAAAUACAUGAAAUUAACUUGGUAUGUUUUAGCUUGAUGUUUUUAGUUCAUUUGGAUCUUAAGUUUGGUUUACGCUUGACGCAUCCGCGAGGUCCGCACGGCUCCGUGCGGCCGAAUUAUGUCACUUUUGCAACCACACCCCUCCGUCCGGCGAUCGCGCGGCCAAAAUUUUACAGGAAAUUUUCUAACUACACGGAAAAACAUGGUGGACGAGCAAGAGCUCCUGGUGGCGGAGGUUGGAAAAUACCGACAUCUUUAUGAUUCGGCUCGUAAAGAUCACCGCAAUCAACAGAUUUUUUGGCGAGAAAUUGCUGCUUUGUUUAUGUUCACGCUCGUCGCCACGUUGUAAACAACAACGCUUUCUACUUCUACUCUGGUGCAUUGUUGCAGGCGUGCCGUAGACGCCCUACACCGCCCCCUAUCGUCUGGGAAAAUAUGGGUUAACAGCGGGGACAUGACGCACUGACUGUAAAUGCUGCAAAAGUUGUCUUUGCCUGAUUCCGCGUGUCUCAUUUCAUGCGUCAAGCAGUCGUUUAUAGCGGUUAAUUGGUUCCAGACCUGGCAAUAAAUGAAUUUCCGCAGUAUAGGACUCAAUUUUAAUAAAUUGAAUAUAUUCCUAGUUAGAGCAUAGAAAACAUAUGACUUUCUAAAUAUGUUUUUUACAUUAUUAGAGCCCUGUAGACAUGAAACAACACCCAUAUGGUCACCUUUACACUCCUAUUAUUCACUGUUUACAACACAUUGCUCAACUCUUAUGCUGCAGGGACUCGAGACGGCCACUAGCUAGCAAGCUAGUGAGCUAAACAGUUAGCCUUGAAUUUAUUUCUUCUAAACUAAAGAUGCCAAAAACUUACCACUAGUGAUGUGUCGGUUGCGGAUGUAUUGGCUCUAAUAAACGGCUCUUUGAAAUGAACAUUGGGAGUCAAUUGGGAGCCGAUUGUUUUUUUCUCCGUCUUUUUUUCUUUGAAAAGGGAAGGUCAUUGGUCAAGAUGCGUGGCAGUGUCCACACUGAGCAGGGGGAGAGGCGGGGUUAAACCCACGCUGUGUUGCUCUUGUAGCCAAUUUGUUUGUGAGGAAUUUGCAUAAAGAGAUUUGACCUAUUUUGACGUGAAUUUGUCCAUUGAGAUGGGUCUUUGUUUUUGCAUUUGACUUAUAAUAUAAGAUGAGAAUAUAUUUUUGCAGCUGCUCAUUGAUGUUUGAAUAAACCAAUGUAAGUAAACAUUUGAUGUAUUUUUUACAGUAGUAAUUUGUUUUACACAAUACACAUCAUUUGGUAAUAAUUUAAGACAAAAACAAAUCUGAGGAGCCAACGGAGCCGGCUCUUUUUAGGGAAAGAAACAGGCUCUCUAAAAAGAAACCAAAUUUCCAUCACUCCUUACCACUUCCACAAAGAAUGUGAGGAGAACCUUUUUUUCACUCUAUCAUGUCGGACCUGCCAUGGCUUACUUCACGACUUCAUGCAGUGUUAAAAGGUCACUGACAUGAUUGAUCAACGUUGCUUAAAUAUGUUGAAUAUUUUAAUUUUAUAAUGUAAUUUUUACAAAUUUGUCGUUCGCUUUCAAAAAAUCUAACAAUGUACAACUGUACAUACAAAUAUAUAUAAUCAUUUCCUGUCAUUUAUCUUUCUAUUAAUAAAAGUAAAAAUGGGCAUAUUUCAGACUUAGUUGCAAAUGGUGAUUAAUCAUGAUUAAUUUAUCUUAAACUGUGAUUAAUCAGAAUAAAAAUAGAUUUUAUAUAGAAUAGAAUCAAUAGAAUUUGACAGCUCUUAUGUAAAUAAAUAUAGGCUAAGGGGGUAAUAAAGAUGGAUGUUUCGCUGUCAUACAUGUGGACAGAUGGAGAAUAUUUUGUCGUAAAAUUGGGGUAAAUGGUUUUUGAAAUGCAAAGGUAUCUUGAUGAAAUCGGCUAGUUUGUGGAUUUUCCUUCGAUAUCCGUGGUGGUGUGUCAACCACUGACAGAUGUGUCCGAAGAGUCAAUCCAGGAUUGAACGUGACCUAACAGAUGUGACUCACAGGUCACGUCCCACAUGUCUGGAGCUUUCUCGGCCUUAGAGAUGCACCCACAGCGUGGGUCUGGUGCUUAGGUGAUUAGGGGCCUCCCUUGGCGGAAUCACAUAAUUCCUGAAGUCGCUUAAAUGGAAUUACAGGCAGCGCUUAAUCUUAUGGAUUAUGGAGAAGCGGAUUGCUCUCAGAGAAAAGGAAAACAGAUUAAAGCUGGAAAAAAAACAACAAUUAAAAUGAGGCUUGCCUUUAUUACUUGUUCCUUUGGAUGUUUUCCUUGAAUGAAUCACCCAAGCGACCAUCUUCUCCUAACUUUUGCAUAGCCAGCAAGUGUGUGAAGUUAGUAUUACAAGUUUUUUUCACCUUAGGGGAAUUUAAAAUUCACAAAAAAGACUCACAUAUGAGCAUCCUUGGCUCUGGGCUUCAUGUGUUCCUUUUUUUGUACUCUUGACUUUAUAAGUCAAAACAAUUAAAUCAUUUUCCAGCCAUAGGCCUGUGCUGUAUGGAGAGGAACAAGUGUGCAAAGACACACUAUGAUUUUGUUUGCCACAAAUCUGACAUAGUCCCCCCUCCCUCCCCCAAAGAUCUGGGACACAUUAAAUAUUUAUUCCAACUGUGAUUUGAUGGUAAAAAAUACAUAAAAAAAAUCCAACUCAACGGGUAGUUGCAAGCUGCACUACAUGUACUGCACAAGCUGUCCGUUGCGGAGAGUUUGUUUAACAAGAACUCACUCUGUGUUUACCUCCUACUCAUUUUGUAUUCUCCAGCAGGCUUUGCCGUGCAUUCAAGAACAGGAUGCAUGUGGCACCUGAAUAAAACGUCACCACUGGAAAAGGUUGGGAGAAAAACUAUUUUUAUGAUGACGGUGUUGACGUUGUCUUGAGUGCCUUGCCGCACGCAUGCAAGCGAGCCCUGGCCUGUUUAGGAAUGACGGCAGAAAGGCCCCCAGUUUGAGCGCGGCUUGAAGCGUUCUUAUCCACAGAGCACGCUGCGCCCUCACCAAGGCCGGCGUGUGCUUUCCUAUACCACCCACCACAAAUCUCCCAGCCGAGGCUAAUUUGUUCUCGGUGAAAACUUCUCACCCUCCUACAUUCGCACACAUUCGCCGGCCUUCCACGAAUCAGCUCACCACAUUAGCAUAUUGUUUGUGAUGUUGGUGUGAGGAGAUACUUAUAUAUUCACAGUCAACUGCAGUGGAUCAAUAACUGGAAGCCUCCACACUUUCGACCACACUUGAAUUUGUGCGCAUGUUGCAUGCGAGCCUUUCAGCACUGUAGGCUACACUGCAGAAAUUCGGCUGACAUGGUGAAUCAUGUCCAACCCCCUUGCAGCAAUUUGGGCUCUUUUUUUUUCUCUAACCGGAUGUGUCCAAGGAGUGAACAGGACACUACUGUUCAUGCAAAGGUGGUCUUGGCAGGAGCUUUGAGCUUGCUGUCAGUUUGGUAAAAAGAGGCUGCAAGCCCCUGUCAGUUUUGCCUCCUUCUUCCAGUCCUAUCUUUCAUACACUCAAUCUGUCUUCUUUUCUGUUUUCUUUUUCACCCCAUACUAUCUGUCCCGUGCUCUUCCACUUCCAAGCCCUUCCACAUGGCGCAUUUUUCUUUCUGCUCCAUCCCCUCUGGCUAUUUUUAGCCGUUACUUGAGAAAUGAGAAAGCGCCUCCUCGAACUUUAUUGGAAACUUAUUAUGAGUCAUGCAUCACCAUCAGAAAGUUAGAGGAGUAAAGCUCUACAGAUCAAAUCUCUUUGAUACGGAGGGGCUUAUGUAGCAGAACCGGUCCCCAAGCCCUCCUGGAGGGAUCAUGGAUACGAUUGCACAACAUCUAAGGUUUAUUGGCUGCAAGCUUUUUCCUCGCUUUAAGACGUUUGAAUCACUCAGGCAUUUAAACUAUGUCCUGGUAGACAGUUGCUGUCAAUCACUAGCUGCAUGCAAACUUCAAAACCCCGGGGGGGGACAUUUUCUCUCAGCUCGGUCUCAUCGUUUUAUGCAAAAAAACACUCAAGCAUGUGGCCAAGUUGGGCAACCCGUAGUGUAGAACCUCAGGUUAAUAAUGAAUGACUGAACUCGCUGAUGACGCUUGCCAUCUCGCUUUUGCCAAAUAAUGAGGAUCACUUUGUCUGUCCCAAAAUGUGGGUAUUCAGCCAAUGUGGUGCCUUCGGUGAGAUUUUGUAUUCCAUCAGCAAUUUAAAGGAAAACUGUACUUUUUUAAGCACUUUGCUCAUCAUCCACAAUCCGAAUGUUAUCCGAAUGAACAAACGACGAUAAUUUAUUGAUACGCAAGAGUAUGUGAAUGGGGUGGGUGGAAUCCUUGGUGAGCAGUGCAGGGAACAAAGCAGCGGGGUGAGGCAGGGAAGAAGGUCAAUCUCACACUAAAAGUCGGUAACAAUCUGGUGAUGUUUCCGCCUCCGGGCAGGCAUUUAAGGGAUUUGCCAUCAGAUGAUGCGGUGAUGAUUCCACAUCAGGGUCUUCUCUGAGUUACACAUCAGGAUAGUUGGUUAAUUUUACUUAAUUUAACUUUAAACUGACAUCUGAUUGCACACUGCAUUUUAAGGACAUGGCAACCCCAUGUCUUCUAUUAUCUACGUGAACACCCUCUUUGUGUGCACACUAAAUUAACAUGCUAUUAGUAUUUAUCACUUCCACUUUAACCGGCUUGUCUUCUUUUACCUCUGAGCAUGUCUGCUAACAAAUCCAUGCUUGUUAUACUGUGUGACAUGAUUAGCAAUUUUAUGCAUAAAAAAAAGUUUGCUUCAUUUGACUUUCAAGGACUUUGCGGUUCAUCACAAAGACAUGCUAAAAUAAGUAUUGCAUAAUUUUAAUUGCAUUAUACAUAGCAAGGACUACAGGUAGGCAGAGUUGUGCUAAAUUAUGGAUAAAAUAUGGAAUCCCCACAAUAAAAAAGGCACCACAAGGUUAUGCAUACUUUGAUAACACCAAGGGGACUUUUUAUGAUCCGGCCCCACAUGGAACAAUGUCUUAAGGUGACACUUACUCAUCUUUCAAGGGCCAAAAUAUGGCCACCACAGCAUGACAAUGUCAGCUGUCAGGUACACUUAAGGAGUAAUGGUGUUGGCAGGUUGCCUCCACUCAAUACAGUGUAAGCGAGAUGAGGGGAGAGAGCUAACAGCUGCAAUAUAAUUCACAAUUACAAGCCUCAUGGUUCAGUGCCAAUGUAUGAAAUUAAAAUUUUAAUGUGCAGAGCGUCAAUAAGGUGGUAUUUACAGCUGCUUCAUUUUAUCGCCUUUUUCAAUUGAGUUUUCUUAUGCUAAUCAGCAUCUGUGUCCUAAGUGGAUUCACGCAACAGUUUCAUCGCAGUUGUCCCUGGAGGUUUUAAGGAAGAACUGUUGAAUAUUUUGAAAGGAACCUGGCAAAGGAUGUCCAACAAACUGACAUGGCUCCAUGCUGUCACUUCUUUGCAAGUCUAAGGAUGAUUGCUUCAUAUCACAGCAAGUCCCCUUCUGAUGUCACACGUUCUCUGAACCUGCUGACAAAAAAACAGACAAUGGAGUCAAAAUUUUAAGUUGAAGUGCACUCAAAACUCAAACUUGAUAAACGUACAAUGUUGAGUUCAUGAAAAAUAGUGGCAAAUAAAACCUUUGUCGGUGAUAACAAUCGUGAUGAUUUCAACACCAUAUGACUGAUAGAUAUCAAUACAUAAUUUCACUUUUUAUUUACAUCUAGCAAGGGUACAAUCGGCCGAAAUGAGUUUCCUCCGAAGGGUGGCUGGGCUCUCUUUUAGAGAAAGGUGAGGAGCACUGUCAUCCUGGAGAAACUCAGAGUAGAGCCAGAUGAGGUGGCUCGGGACUCCCUGGGGAGGUGUUCAGGGCACGUCCGACUGAUAAGAGGCCGCAGGGAAGACCCAGGACACGUUGGUGAGACUAUGUCUUAGGAUCCGCCGAGAGGAGUUGGACAAAGCAGCCGGGGAGAGUGAAGCCUGGGCUUCUCAUCUUAGGCUGCUGCGCCGUGACCCAACCUUAGAUAAGCGGAAGAAGAUAAAUAGAUGGAUGGAGGUGGAAGUAUGCCUGCGAAUAUUCUCAUUCAUCCAGGUCAUUGUAUUCUCAGGUCAUUCAAACGAUCGCAACUGGACUGUUCAUGUUGUCUUUGAAGACGUGCUCGAGUCUGCUCAAAGACUAGAGCUCAAAGACAACCAAACAGUCCAGAUAAAAUGAACAAGGAAGUGAAGAAACAAGAGUGGUUUCAUAUUUUUUCCAUGACUGUAUAUAAGCCACACCGGACUAUAAGCCGCACAUGUCCAUGUCAUAAAAUGGCAUAUUGUGGUGCACACAAGUCCGUGAGUACCAGGCGGCUAUUUAUUUGACCGGAGACAAUCAUGAGAAAACUCACAACAAGCUUAUCAACCCAUCGGAAAUUGUUACUCAUUGUAACAGUCUCUCAAUUUGAACGCAGUCGGAUAGUUGAGCUGCAUAAGCAACGCCAUACACCCACAUUUGGAGUGACUUCCCCCAGUGCCCCGAUCACAACUGGCACCACUGUUGCCUUUGCAACCCACAUUUUCUUUUGUUCUUCCUUCAGCUGUGGGUAUUUUCUCUUUGUUCGUGGUACAUACCAUGCAGGGGCUUUCCAUGACAGCCCAUCUGGCUUCUCACCGGGCUUCUGUUGUCUGAAGCAUUCACUUAGCAGGUCAUCCUUGGGGGCCAUCUUGUUGAUGUAUUCCACUGUAUAACUCAGAUCGACAUGGUUUAUCUCCCAAGGACUGAACCACUGUUUGUGUAACACUGCACUGCAUUGUUUCAUCAAAUCAGAACAGUUUAUUUAUAUAAUGUGCCUCUCAAACACAUCAUGUGGUACGUUCAAAAGCAACUUCUCAUCUACAGCAAAGUUCAGCUUGCUGCAAAAGGACGUGUGACUUCCUCAAAGAGCUUUUCAAACCUGCUGAUCAUCAAGAGUGGAAACAAUAAUGAGAUAACUGUGUGGAUGCAAGCUGCUCGCAGUUUGACAUGUGAUUCAUAGAAUCUGCUGUGUGGUGCGAGGCCGCAAGUUAAUGCACCCUCGGGCGGCCAGGGGAGGUAUGUGGGCGACCAGAGUUCACAAACAACAUGUUUAAAAUUAAACUUAAAAAAGCUCGGAUUAUGCUUGAGCAUAAUCACCUUCUAAAUGAAUCAGGAUGGAGGAGCAUAUAUCCGAGCUCAACAGGAGGUGAUCUGACUUUUACAACAAAGUAUCAGAGCUUUCCCUGGAGAAGUCCAGAACAAAGUCCAGAAAUGUUUUUUCAGUGAAUAAAAUAUGUGAAUAAAUAAAUGUGACUAAGAAGUAUUUGAUAACAAUUUGAAAUAUAUAUUUUUUAACAAAGUUAAUUAUUCUCUUCUUUUUCUUGUUAUUUUCUUAAUGAGUAACCUCCAUGCAUUCAUUUCAGUUAGUGUCGCGGGGGUAUGCUGGAGCCUAUCCCAGCUGACUUUUGGGGGAGAGGUGGGGUACACCCUGGACUGUUCACCAGCCAAUGGCAGGGCACAUAUAGACAAACAACCAUUCACACUCACAUUCAUACCUAUGGACAAUUUAGAGUCGCCAAUUAACCUAACGUGCAUAUUUUCGGAAUGUGUGAGGAAACCGGAAUAUCGGAAUAACAUGCAAACUCCACACAGAGAUGCCCAAAUGGAGAUUUAAACCCAGAUCUUCCCGAUCUCCUAACUGUGUGGCCAACACGCUGACCAUUAGGCCAUCGUGCGGGUUUUGAAGUAACCUGUAUCAACAGUAAAAACUCCAAAGGAGUCUGUGCCUUACCACCCAUGAACCUCACUGCACGUCACUGCUCAGAUGCUGCAAAGGGGCGGACCAGUCAACCGUUCUGUCUUUCACUGGUCGGUAUAAUGGCCAAAAGGCCCAAUCCUUACCUUUUCUCCUGAGUAAGGAUAGUGAUGCACCAAGUCAAACAAAGCUGAUGCAAUAAUAAUUCUGUUUUUAAUGGGAUGCCAGAGUUAGUAACCUUGGAGGUUCAUGUCUUACUCUCCAUUGUUCUCCAGAAUAUGUGGAAAUCCAGCAUCAAAACACCCUUUUCAUCUGAGUAAAAAUGAUCAGUUUGAGCUGUAUUGAAUUAUCUUCGAGGCUGGAGUGCUAACGAGGGAGGUUCUCUCUGGAAGACAAAGCAGAAGAAAAAAAACGUGCAUGAAAAGCAGCUCAUUACUGGCACUAUCCAGUACUGUAUCAUUACGGAUGCAUUUUCAAUAUCAAGGCCUUGUGCUAUUACGUGGCUGUCAUGGGUUAUCCCAGUAAUGGUCCUCACUGUCUCUCAGUGUCCUUAAGACGGACACAGAAAGUUUGCGACUCCUUUUUCCUAGACCGACCCGGAAGGACCCGAGAGCCAGCGUCUAAGCGGCGCUCGUCGCGACACCUUGUCAUGUGUGCGCUCUCUCUUAAGAUGUGUUCUCACGGCGCGCCAUAUUAAUGUGACAUAGAUUGCAGGUGGAUCGCUAACGAAGGCGGGGGGCCAUGGUGCACAGUGGCAAAAGCUUCUUGGAAGCGGGGAUGUCUUUCUUAUUGAGAUGCUGCAAAUUGGCUGAUUUUCAGUAGGCUGUGGGAUAACACUGUUACAUCACUGUGUCUGUGGAGACAGGAAUGAAGAAGAGAAGCACAGAGUUGUAAUUUUACUGCAAGUGGAGGCUCUGAAAAAGCAACCAACAACUCACCAGAGCUUAUAAAACAUAUUUCCGUACUCUCCCAAAGACACACAUUUUGGGGGAACACUUCAAUUUUGCCUGUUAAAACAAGUUUCACAUCAAAAGUCAAACACAUCAUUUUAUUUUCCAACCUCCUCAGUCCACUGUGUAUAAUCCAUUUUAGGACUUAUUCGCACUGUGUAGCUUCAGGCUGAACAGCGGGCUUACGGAAGUGGGACGAGGGAGCGUUUGUCUUCCUCCUCCUCCAAGUGUAGUCACGACUUCUCAGGAAGGCCAACUCAAGCUCGCUGUCCUGUCCUACAACUCAAAAUGCAGAGAACAAAACGGGAGGAAUAUAGUAAAUAUUUCAGGAUGGGGGCCUUCCUGCGCCAGUUCUUGCUCGAGGUGGAGCUGGUGCAUUAAUGAGUGAUGUUGGCUUCUGGUAUCUGAAUUAUUAAUGUUAGACACUAAAUAAAUAGAAAAGCUUGUUGAGGAAAUUGUUUGGUUCCCACUUGGCUGCUUCCAGAGGAAAGAGGGUGUCAGAAGCUUCAUCUGAAGCAAAAACAUUAAUCUCAGCUACACUCAAAAGCCAACACAUUAGGAACGCAUGCAUAAUGAGGCCCAAUGCAAACACUGAGUCAAUAAUUGUGCUUUCCUAAGAUAAUGAUGCUCACUGUUUACUGACAAGGCCGGUGUAUAUACAUCUACUGUGGUGGUAGUUUCCCUGUGUCAUUCUGAGAGCUGUUUCGUGGUUGAAGAGGCCUACUAUUAGUAAAAAUAUAUGCAUAAUUAAGCAAAUUGCACGUGUUUGUUUGCCUAAAUUAAGAGUUUUCAAGCAUAAAAAUAGCAAAAUGAAAUAAAAUACAGAUAUAAGCCAUUAAGAAGACACAUUCAAUUGUGAAUGUAGUAUUCUAAAUUGGCUACCAUGUGUGUGUAAUUGUUUGACGAGACAAGCACCAGACUCAAUCGCCGAAACAACAGCCUUUUAUUGCAGGUUUAAAUGAUUUCACAACAGGCACAAUAAUAAUAACACGGACUGCGGAGUUGAACUGACAUAAUGUAAAUUAUGUCACCUGAAACACCAUCUGGGCUGGCAAAAAAACUUGGAGAGUCAUCUCUCGUCACCGAUCGUGAGUGUAAGCUGGGUAGGUUAGUUUAGCAGCACGUGCUAGUACGGCUGUGUUUGUGCGACUCAGGCUGUGUGAGUGUGUUUACUCCGUGUUGUGUUUUACUGUCUAUUAAUGAAGUGAUCAUCGACGACGUCUUCCUUAACCACAAACACGGGCAUUGCAGUUCGUUGAGGAUUUUGCAGCAACGUGUGCAGAGGCUAGCAUCCCAUUCGAAAAGUUAGCUGAAAUACCGGGCAAAUUACUAAUCAAUAAAUGUAAAGAAUUUUGCAUUUAAUAUACAGACAUUUUACUCACUGACACAAAAAGCACUCUAUGGUGGUAAAAUAAGUGUCAAAAGUAAAAAAAACAACAAAAAAAAAUUAUUCUAAAAAGCUAAAACGAAAUUUAGACAAAAAUGAAACACAAUUUGGGAAAAAAUAAAACCGAUUUCAUAGUAGUGAUCCUAUUCUCUUCAGUCGUGAGUGAACACCAUGCCAAGGAUUUCAGCGAUCUUGUCUUUGGGUCACUGUCAAGAGCUUGUGGUUAUAGUUCAGGGUAGAAACAGACUACUAGAGACCACUCAAAAAUAACAACCCACCAGAGAUAGGACUUUUCUCUCAACCCAGAGGGUGAAAUUCUCUCCUAUUCCAACUGAGAACCAUGACGCGAUUGGUGAUUGGAAGAUGAUUCAAUUCUCAUUCAAAUUACUUCUGAAUAAUUGGCAAACAGUCCCAGCAAACACAAAAGCCCAUUGAUGGCAUGAGGACUGCACCAUCUGCAAACAGCAGGGACAAGAUCCCCAGGCCAUCAAAUUGGACACCCUGCAUGCUUAAAUGGCCUAAUAAAAAUCAUGAACCAGUGACAAAGGGCAGCCUUGGUGAUGUUCAAAGUCCACUCUGAACAAGUAUGACUUUCUGCUGGUAAUGCUCCCGUUUUCCUGAGACAGAAUGACCCAGACCACAUGAUAGAAGGAACACGGUUGAAUGCCUUUCCCAGUCUGAACGAGGAAACCCACUCUACCUGGGGGACUCUGGUGAGGGUAAAGAGCCGAUCCAGUGUUCUGUGGCCUUGGUCAUUCUUUGUAUACACAAAAUUAGCAUUUAAUUAAUUCCUAGCUCAUCAUUUUACACACGUAUACAGACAUAUACAUAUUUAAUCGGAGAGGCUAUCAUCAAUUUACAUCGGGUAGGAAAUUAGAAAAUGACUAGGAAAUUAGAUUGAUAAAUUGUAGAAUCAUGUCACGGACAAAUCCAAGAUAUACACAUACCAGUCACAACAUUGGGCACACCUGCUUCACAGUGAGAUUCAAUACUAAAAUGUGUAAUGGUGUCAAAAAGACAAUAAUUACUAAGCAGAUUUUGAUUGGCAGAAGAACAGUAUUUAAUUUUUUUUAUAAAGUAAUCAGUAAACCGUAAAUGUGAAUUUCUAUUAGAGAUCAAUAAAGUAUCUAUCCAUCCAUCCAUCCAUCCAUCCAUCCAUCCAUCCAUCCAUCCAUCCAAUCCCUCAUUUAUCAUGGUUAAUUGGUUCCAGACCCGACUGUGAUAAAUGAAUUUCCGCAAAGUAGGAUUCCUUAUUUAUAAAUGGAAUAUUUUCGUAGUUAUGGCAUAGAAAACCUGUUACGACCUUCUAAGUAUGUUUUUUUUUUACAUUAUUAGAGCUCCCUAGAUAUGAACUAACAGCCAUAUAGUCACCUUUACAUUUGUAUUAUCCAAUAUAGUAAAUAUAACCAGAGAAAAAAAGCCACUUAAGACAUAAAUAAAACUCAUGUUCGUGUGUGUCGCAGUAAAUGCGUCCCGUGUGGAGGACACAAAGAGGCGUCGGGGGUUCAGAGUUGAAUUUUGGCUUGUCGUGGGUUACGACUGCAACAGCAUUUAAAAGUAGAGUCGUUUUUUAUUGGCCAAUUCCACAAAUUCCGUCCACCAUUCUGGAAGGCUUUGAGGAAGACUUCGGACACACGUUGAUGUUUUCCCAGGGGAAUGGGACAUGUGGAGGUGGACAAGGACAUGAAUGUAUGGAGUUCCCUGCUUAGACUGGUGUCAUGUGACCUGGAUAAACGCCUGAAAAUGGAUGAAUAAAUGUCCUCAAAUGCAUCUAUGAGCCACCCAGGCCUCUUUCCAAAGAAGAAGAACCUGUAGCAACCCACAGACCGCUCAUUAAAACAGAGAAGGUUUAGCACAGGGUUUUCUCCUCACAUAGAACCUAAUCCUUUUCUGCUCUCCCCAGACUGUUUACUCUCCCACAACUAAAUAUGAAUUAAUUUUUCAUUUGACACAGGUGAAUUUAGCUUUGCAGGUUUGAAAAAUAUGUUUUUCUGUAUUUUUUUCUGAAGUUGUUGUGAUUCCCAAGUCUUGCGGCACCUCGCACAUGAAACCCCCUGGUUUGGCAUAUAGCUUACAGCCGUAAGCGACAUUCAAGACAACCGUUUUCCCCCUCCUGUAGUGUGUUGACAAAUUAUAGUCAUACGUUGUACAAUUUGUUGUUUUUAAACAUCAACAACCAAGCUUUGAAUCCUCUUACUUCAUGUAACUUCUGGUGUAUAGACAUUACAGGGUGUUGCAAUAUAUCACACAAAGCCAAAUAUAUGUACAGAGUUAAUCCUGACGUUUCAUCAGAUACACGAAGUCUGGCACAUUUGUUGACAUCACACAUGACACAUGACACAGUGCAAAGCUUUGUGCAACAAGAACUGGUAGGCAUAUUUUUCAUAUUUUUCAUUUUGUUUUUCUUCAGCCAUUCAGAGGUGGACUUGCUGGUGUGUUUUGGAUCAUUGUCCUGCUGCAGAACCCAAGUUGGUUUCAGCUUGAGGUCACCAAGGAUUUUUUGGUAGACAGCAGAAUUCAUGGUUCCAUUUAUCACAGCAAGUCUUCCAGGUCCUGAAACAGAAAAACAGCCCCAGACCAUCACACUACCACCACCAUAUUUUACUGUUGGUAUGGUGUUCUUUUUCUGAAAUGCGGUGUUCCUUUUACGCCAGAUGUAAUGGGACACACACCUUCCAAAAAGUGGUUGGCCGAUCCUGGGAAGGUUCAAUGUUCCAAUGUUUUUGCCAUUUGUGGAUAAUGGCUCUCACUGUGGUCUGCUGGAGUCCCAAAGCAGUAGAAAUGGCUUCAUAACCUUUUUCAGACUGAUAGAUCUCAAAUAAUCUAAGUUUAGUUAUGUUUUAACAGGGAGACAAUCACUUUUUCCACACAGGGACAUGUGUUUGGAUUUUUUUCCUCCCUUAAUAAUAAAAAGUUUCACUUAAAAACUGGAUGUUGUGAUCAGUUGUGUUGUCAUUGACUAAUAUUUAAAUUUGUUUGAUGAUCUGAAACAUUUAAGUGUGACAAACAUGCAAAAAAUAAGAAAUCACACCACUGUAUAUUCAUUGUAUUGAUCACAAGUUUAUGGAUAUAGAGCCAACACUGAUGGCUUGAUUAAACUGCCAGUGCAAUGCACUACAAACAGUGUGCUGCUGGAGUAUUUAUGGACCUGACAAAAGCAUUCAAUAAAAUUACUUCUAACAUUUUAAUCAACACAUUAGAAAGGUAUGGCAUUAGGGGGUUGGUUCUGAAGUUGGUGAAAACCUUCUGAAUGAACAAGAAGCCAUUUGUGUAGCUAAGUCAGCACACAUGUUCAUGUUUGGAUAUCGUUUGGGGCAUACCCCAAAGGUCAAGACUGGGACCAGAACAAUUUAUUUGACAUACAAAUGACAUCUGUAAAGUAAUGAAAACAAGACCAGUAGAAAUGAGCAAAUAAAAAGAUGGUUUAUGUUAGUCAGUAAUUGCAGAAAAGACAAACACAAAUACAAAUACAAAUACAAACAGAUGUCAUAGACACAACAGGUGCAAGAAAAAAUGAUAAAAUGAGCUGGAAACCUCAUACUGUAUCAAACA